UGAUUCCCAAUCAGCUUUAGUGAGCGGACGCAGCUCUGUAAUCUGCUGUAAUAGACUCACGGAGGGUGGACUGUUCUCCUGCCUGCAUCCUCGUUGUGAACAGAGCAUCCCAGCAGCGCCACUUUGAAGUCUCCUCGCAAACCUGGACUUACAUUCUUUUUACAGGAUUUUAAACUGGAUUGUCAAAUUUGGAUGCCUUUGCAACCUUUAAGAUCAGCAACUAGCAGGCUUGACAUAAAGUUCGACUUAUCGACCAGCGCGCCAAAUCACAUGCAGGCCAAUAUGAAGACUGUUAUCAUUUUUUCAAACAAAUCCCAAAGUAUCAAUUUUUAUAUGAUCCCUCAGCGUAACCAUAUCAUCAACUAAAAGGAUGAGUUUGGAUUCCAGUAUGUUACAGAAUUAAAUCAACAAGCAACCUGAUUUGUUGCUGAACACUCUUUGGAACAUUUUAUAUUUGGUGGUGGUGGUGUUUUGGAUAUCUGCCACUUGAGAAGCCAGGAUUUUUCACUGGAGCCACAUUUUAUUUGAAUUGAAUAUUAUAUUGCUGGAUAUAUUGGAUGUAUAAUUUAUUAACCAAAGCUCAUUUGAUGCUAUCUUGUUUUUAGGAUUAUUGUUUCCUACCUUUAAUGUUUACUAUGAAUCCCAUCUGCUUGUCCUUCAAGGUACACUUGCUGCUUUGUACUUUAUUAGGCCUAUGCCUUGGCCUUGAGUUUACAGGAACCCCUGGUCAGUGGGCUCGUUAUCUCCGCUGGGAUGCCAGUACAAGAAGUGACCUAAGUUUUCAGUUCAAAACAGAUGUUUCCACGGCUCUGCUUCUAUAUUUGGAUGAUGGCGGAUACUGUGACUUUCUUCAGUUAAUGAUCGUGGAAGGGAAGAUGCAGCUGCAGUUCAGCAUUGACUGCGCAGAGUCCACCAUUGUUUCGAACAAAAGAGUGAACGAUAGCAACUGGCACUUUGUCAUGAUCAGCCGAAAUAACCUUAGAACUGUCCUGGUAGUGGACAGUGAGAGAAAUUCAGAUGAGGUUAGGCCCCAGAGGCAGUACAUGAAAAUCGUUAGUGAUUUGUUCUUUGGUGGCGUUCCACUGGAUAUUAGAUCAUCUGCAUUAACGCUGCCAACCGUGAAGGACCAAACACCAUUUAAAGGAAUUAUCACUGAUUUGAAAUACGGAAACACACAACCGAAGCUCCUGAGCAGCCAGAGUGUCAGAUUGGAAAUGGACGGCUUAUGUACGGAAAAUCCUUGUGAAAAUGGUGGGAGUUGCUCGGUAGUCGAAGGGCAGCCAAAAUGCGAUUGUACCAAUACGGGGUAUGUGGGACAGUUCUGCAGUGAAGCAACUGCAGACGUCAUCCGUUUUCCAGGUUUUUCACAUCUGAUGAUGGGCGAACAAGGUAAAAGCAAAGCAAGGGAGGAUAAUGUUGCCACAUUCAGAGGAUCGGAGUAUUUUUGCUAUGACCUUUCGCAAAAUCCUAUCCAGAGCAGCAGCGAUGAGAUCACCUUGUUCUUCAAAACUUGGCAGCGGAAUGGCCUCAUCCUACACACAGGGAAGUCAGCAGAUUAUGUCAACCUUGCCAUGAAGGAUGGAGCAGUGUCUCUCGUCAUAAACCUUGGAUCUGGAGCAUUUGAAGCACUAGUAGAGCAAGUAAAUGGCAAAUUCAACGACAACGCGUGGCACGAAGUUAAAGUCACGCGCAACCUGCGGCAGCAAUCAGGCAUUGGACACGCUAUGGUCACAAUCUCAGUGGAUGGCAUUCGGACAACGACUGGUUACACGCAAGAGGACUACACCAUGCUGGGAUCGGAUGACUUCUUCUAUGUUGGUGGGAGUCCAAGUACAGCCGACUUACCAGGUUCCCCGGUCAGCAACAAUUUCAUGGGCUGCUUAAAAGAGAUUGUAUACAAAAACAAUGACAUCAGGUUGGAGCUUUCACGCUUGGCAAGGAUUGGAGACCCAAAGAUGAAGAUCCAAGGAGAUGUGGCAUUUAAAUGUGAAAAUGUUGCCACAUUGGACCCCAUUUCUUUUGAGACUCCUGAAGCAUACAUCAGUCUUCCCAAGUGGGACACCAAACGGGUGGGCUCUAUUUCAUUUGACUUUCUCACUACAGAACCAAACGGACUUAUUUUGUUUACUCAUGGGAAGAGAAAAGAUUCCAGCAGUCAGAAGAACACCAAAGUCGACUUCUUUGCUGUGGAGCUUCUGGACGGUAAUUUAUAUUUGCUGCUAGAUAUGGGGUCAGGAACAAUUAAAGUUAAAGCCACACAGAAGAAAGCCAAUGACGGAGAAUGGUACCAUGUGGAUAUCCAACGUGAUGGAAGAUCAGGAACUAUAACUGUUAACAACCUGAGGAUUCCUUUUACCGCCAGUGGAGAAAAUGAAAUUCUUGAUUUGGAAGGGGACAUGUAUCUAGGCGGACUACCAGAAAAUCGGGCGGGCCUCAUCUUGCCUACAGAGCUGUGGACUGCCAUGCUUAAUUACGGCUAUGUGGGGUGCAUUCGAGAUCUGUUCAUCAAUGGACAAAGCAAGGAUAUCCGGCAGAUAGCGGAAGCACAAAAUGGUGCUGGCAUAAAGCCGCUGUGUUCGAAGAUCAACUCUAAACAAUGUGAAAGCUAUCCAUGUAAAAACAAUGCAGUGUGCAAAGAAGGUUGGAACCGAUUCAUCUGUGACUGCACUGGGACUGGGUACUGGUCGAGAACAUGCGAGAAAGAGGCAUCUAUACUCAGCUUUGAUGGCAGUAUGCACAUGAAGGUGAUCAUGCCCAUGGUCAUGCAUACAGAGGCUGAGGAUGUGUCACUUCGCUUCAUGUCUCAGCGAGCAUAUGGCUUGCUAAUGGCUACAACAUCCAGAGAUUCUGCCGACACCUUGCGCCUAGAGCUGGACGGAAGCCGUAUUAAACUGACUGUUAAUUUAGACUGUAUCAGGAUAAACUGUAACUCCAGCAAAGGACCAGAAACUCUUUAUGCUGGACAAAAACUCAAUGAUAAUGACUGGCAUACAGUCCGUGUGGUUCGACGGGGUAAAAGUUUGAAGCUUACGGUUGACGAUGACACUGCUGAAGGUCAAAUGGUGGGCGAUCACACUCGACUGGAAUUCCACAACAUUGAGACAGGAAUUAUGACAGAAAGACGUUACAUUUCUGUUAUUCCUUCCAGUUUUAUUGGGCAUCUUCAGAGUUUAAUGUUCAAUGGAAUGCUGUAUAUUGACCUCUGCAAAAAUGGAGACAUUGACAACUGUGAACUGAAUGCCCGAUUUGGAAUGAGAUCAAUUAUAGCUGACCCAGUCACUUUUAAAUCUAAAAGCAGCUACCUUAGUCUUGCUACCCUUCAGGCCUACACAUCAAUGCACCUCUUCUUUCAGUUCAAAACUACUACUCCAGAUGGCUUCAUUCUCUUCAACAGUGGGGAUGGCAAUGAUUUUAUUGCAGUUGAGCUUGUAAAAGGGUACAUUCAUUAUGUUUUUGAUCUGGGAAAUGGACCUCAUGUAAUUAAAGGAAACAGUGAUAAAGCGCUGAAUGACAAUCAGUGGCACAAUGUUGUCAUCACUCGAGACAACAGCAAUACUCACACUCUCAAAGUAGAUGCCAAGAUUGUCACGCAAGUUAUCAACGGUGCUAAAAACCUUGACCUGAAAGGUGAUCUCUACAUUGCUGGGCUAGCGCAGAACAUGUACAGCAGUUUGCCCAAGCUUGUUGCCUCUCGGGACGGGUUUCAGGGAUGCCUGGCAUCUGUUGAUCUGAAUGGCCGUCUCCCUGAUCUAAUUAAUGACGCUUUGCAUCGCAGUGGCCAGAUUGAGCGUGGAUGUGAAGUUGAGUUCACCAAAGCAGAUCUACAAGGUCCCAGUACAACAUGUCAGGAGGAUUCCUGUGCCAACAGUGGCAUCUGCAUCCAGCAGUGGGAGAACUUCACGUGCGAUUGCUCUAUGACUUCUUACUCUGGAAAUCAGUGCAAUGACCCUGGCGCUACAUAUAUCUUUGGCAAAGGAGGAGGACUUAUAACGUUCACCUGGCCAGCAAAUGACCGACCAAGCACUCGUACAGACCGACUAGCAGUUGGCUUUAGUACAAAUGUCAAGGAUGCAAUACUUGCACGGGUGGACAGUGCACCCGGUCUUGGAGACUUUCUUCAGCUGCAUAUUGAACAAGGCAAAAUUGGAGUCACAUUUAAUAUUGGUACAGUGGACAUCACCAUUCAAGAAACCAGCACGACUAUAAGUGAAGGUAAAUACCAUGUUGUACGGUUCACCAGGAACGGUGGCAACGCAACGCUGCAAGUGGAUAACUGGCCAAUCAAUGAGCAUUAUCCAACAGGCAGCAGUGAUUAUGAACGGCUUCAAAUGGUAAAUAAGAAAAUCCCAUUCAAAUAUACCCGACCUGUAGAGGAAUGGCUACAAGAGAAAGGACGGCAACUGACCAUCUUUAACACCCAAGCUACUAUCACAAUCGGAGGAAGUGACCGAAAGCGCCCGUUCCAAGGGCAGAUGUCUGGUCUGUACUACAAUGGCCUUAAGGUGCUGAAUAUGGCAUCUGAGAGAAAUCCUAAUAUUAAAAUAAAUGGCAGUGUGAGAUUCAUGGGCAAUUUGCCCACUGUGUCAGGAACAGCUUCAGUGCCUACUGAUACAUCCACAACUUUCAUUGAGACCACUACCACAAUGUCAACAACAACAACCAGAAAGCAUCGUUCCCCACCAACAAUUCAGACUACAGAUGAUAUGGUUUCCUCAGCGGAAUGCUCCAGUGACGAUGAGGACCUAGAUGAGUGCGACAACAUUGUGCAAGAUAAGACCUUUUCUACAUCGGCCUUUGAAGGUGGCUACAAAGCACAUGCGCCCAAGUGGGAAUCCAAGGACUUUAGACCUAACAAAGUCUUCGAAACUGGUAGGACUACUACCACAUCUCUGUCCCCUGAGCUGAUUCGCUCCACAACUUCUUCCACGCCUGAAAUGGUGCCCAAAUUGCCGGCAGGUAAAAUGAAUAACCGAGAGAAUAAGCCCCAGCCAGACAUAGUUUUGCGUCCAUUGCCCACUGCCUAUGAGAUAGACAGCACAAAGCUGAAGAGCCCAUUAAUAACCUCCCCAAUGUUCCGUAAUAUACCCACAGCAAUCCCCACGGAGCCAGGCAUCAAACAGGUUCCGGGGGCCUCAGAAGUGGUUCGUGAAUCUAGCAGCACAACUGGAAUGGUCGUCGGAAUUGUUGCUGCAGCUGCUUUGUGCAUCUUAAUUCUGUUGUAUGCUAUGUAUAAAUACAGAAACAGAGACGAAGGAUCUUACCAGGUGGACGAAACUAGAAACUACAUAAGUAAUUCAGCACAGACAAAUGGUGCUGUAGUGAAGGAAAAACAACAAAUAGCGAAAAGCAGCAACAAAAAACAGAAAAACAAGGACAAAGAAUAUUAUGUGUAAAGUGAAACGAGAAAAAAAAGAUUAAGUGAAUAUUACAGAGGACGAUUUGAAAUUACCAUAUCAGGAGCUGCAAUGUAAAGUGAAUACAAAAAGUGAAUAAACUGAAAACUCUGCGUAAUGCAUGGAGCCAGUGAACUAUGACAAGAACUGUAUAAUAAAGCACACUUACUAUUGUAAGCAUACCGAGAUGGCUACUAGCAGCAUUAGUGACCUUUGUUUUUUAUUCUAUCUGGUCAAAGUCAUCAGUGUAGAAUACUUCACAGCUACAAUGCAUCAUUAUACCCAAGUGACUUUUAGAGACCUUGUGAUCCUUGGCGUAAUCCUCGUUCAUUUGGAAUUCAUUUCUGGUUUUGGUAACCCUGUAACAAUAUUUUGGCCAUUUUCGAGCAUGUAUGUGACAUAUAGCACUGGCAUCUCUUGGAGAGUGGGUCUGAAGAAGAAGAAGAAAAAAAAAAUCAAACUGAAGGAUUGUCUAUAGACAUGAAAAAGGAGACUAUUGCCAUAGACGAGAUCAAAAUUUGUAUUGUUUCUACAUAAUAAAGUGUGGUGUCUUAUAAUUUUUGCUGUUUUGCAAAAAACAAACAAAAAAACAACAACAAAAAAACUGGAAUAUAUUGUUAUUUAACAGACAAAAAGAAGAAGAAGUCCUUGUUAAAGAGAAGAUUGAUCAGGUGCUGAUCUGCUGGUGUUGUGAUCACACUCACCCUAACUCUUUGCUUAUAAAUGUACAACUUAACGAUGUAAUUGAGAACAUCUGGUACUUUCAGUUCUGAGCAGCUGUCGGGUUACAAACUUGUUCUCAAUCUUCAGUACAGUGUCUGAUUGUUGUGCAUGCCAUUCAAUGCUAUGAGGUGUUCAAUAUGAAUUGGACAAAUGUAACAGGCCAAAAUAUAUGAUCAAAGUCACGUUUCCUUUAUUUCACUUCUUAACCUUAAAAAAAGCGAAACGAAAAGAAAAUGCAAAUAAAACAUUGUUCUUUUUCUGUUAUUUAAAAACAUCCUAAUACAAGCCUUUAAUGAUCCAUUCUGUCCCCUCUGCUUUUUCUUUAUUCAACUUAAGUUUAAUAUCAUGGAUAUAUUUUUGAAAAUACGCUGCUGUGACAAAGUAAUCUUGUGAUGUCUGAUGGAAGACUGGUACUCUAACACUGUUAAGGAUGUUAAAACAGAAAUAAAUCUAAUGUGAAAGUGUGAAUUUUAUCUGUUGUCACAGUCAACUGUGUCAAACAACAAAUUUGUUUACAUAUUUUAUUACAUUAUUGCUGUUGUACUUUGUAGGUAGAUAUUGUACAUAAAUUUUAAGUUGUACUUUUUUUAGUAUUUUAAUGUACAGACUGAUCAUUUGGCUUAUCAGUGUAUUUCAUGAGAUUCAAAACUGUAAUCUGAUAUGAGAAGAAUAAUUUGAAACAACAAAAAUAUAUAUAAAUAUAAAUAUAUAUAUAUAUAUACAUAUUUUGUAAAGAGAGGGAAAACUAUUGUUAGGCUAGAAAAUCGAAUCUUUCUCGCUGAUGUUUCUAAGUCGCAUGAAUAUUUGACUACUGAAAGCUGUCACUCAAAUACAAAAUGCCCUUCCUAAUUGUAUCAAGCCUCCCUUGUUAUCAGUUAUUUUACUUAAUUAUUAUUUUUUAACUAAAUAUGAAAUAAAGAACCGAGCUCUAAAGGUACUGAAGCACGAUUCAGACACCCUAACGAAACCCAUUGUGAUGAUACCUCAAUGUCAUUUGUCCUGGACUGCUUUGAUGGAAGUCUUGUGAAAUUCUGUUUUCUUUUUUAUUUAUUUUAAUUUAUUGUCUUUUUCUUUUGUGUACCCUUGCUUGCAAAGAAUUUUGAACCAAUAUUUGCAAAAUUACAUAAUGUGCUUUAAAUGGUUUGCUUGUUUGUUUUUCUACUUAUAAUUUGCAGUCGAUGUGAAUAUCACUUUUUGGUUUUACUUUGUUGCCUCCGCGUUCAUCCAUUCAUUCUUUGAUUUAUCUUACAUUCUUGUUCGAGGAAAUGCUUAGCAAUAAAAUGUUCCACCCAAAGAUA